ACUCAUUCUCCGUUCCUCUUUUUAUUUUAUUUUUAUUUUAUGUCAUAAAAAAGAAAGCAAACAAAACAAGAAAAACAAAGACAACAAUAAUAGGCAUAAAUAAAACAACUCCUUCUCACUGCUCGCAGAAACUUCUGAUCGUGUUCCAAUUCCUGUUGGCAAAUCUCUCGAUCUCCAACCGCACCUCUCUAUAUGCAUAUUUUUGAUAUAUACAUAUAAACAGAUACUCUUUUUCUUCAUCUUCUUCAUACUUUCUCUCUCUAGACCGAACAAAAAAAGGAGUGGAGGGGGCAAUUGAGGUGGAAACAUGUCUGUGUUGUGAGAAAAGAAUUAGGGUUUGGAAUUGGAAAAAACAGAAGAUGGAUGAUUGUGGGUGUUGAAUUGAAAAGGAGGGUUUGAUUGAGAAUGGGGAAUAAGCUGGGGAGGAGGAGGCAAGUGGUGGAGGACAAGUACACGAGGCCACAAGGGCUGUAUCAGCAUAAAGAUGUGGAUCAUAAGAAGCUCAGGAAGCUCAUACUUGAUUCCAAGCUUGCUCCUUGCUAUCCCGGAGACGAAGAGGCCACCAAUGAUUUCGAAGAAUGCCCAAUUUGCUUUUUGUUUUAUCCAAGUUUGAAUCGCUCAAGAUGUUGUACGAAAGGCAUUUGUACAGAGUGUUUUCUGCAGAUGAAGAACCCUAAUUCAACUCGUCCAACACAAUGUCCUUACUGCAAAACAGCGAAUUAUGCUGUGGAGUAUCGAGGUGUGAAGACAAAGGAAGAAAAGGGCAUAGAGCAAAUUGAAGAGCAACGGGUUAUAGAAGCUAAAAUAAGAAUGAGGCAAAAAGAAAUUCAGGAUGAAGAAGAGAGAAUGCAGAAAAGACAAGAGAUAAGUUCUUCAAGCAGCAUUUUGGCACAAGGAGAGGUGGAAUACAGCACAACAGCGGUGCCAUCUUUCAGAUCUCCUGUGGAAGGUGAUGAAAUUGUUUCUUCUCAAGACCCACGUGCUGCAUCAAUGAUCAUACCGACUUUACCUCCAAGACAGAACAGGGAUGAGGAAUUUGAUCUGGAUCUUGAGGAUAUUAUGGUUAUGGAAGCUAUCUGGCUUUCCAUUCAGGAUAAUGGCAGACACAGAAACCCACUUUAUGGUGACACUACCACUGCUGAACAAUAUGUCACAGAAGAACACUACGUCUUGCCUGCUAUGGCUCCACAGGUUGAAUCAUCAUCAUCCCCCUCUGGUGGGCUUGCAUGUGCAAUUGCUGCCCUUGCUGAGCGUCAGCAAAUGGGUGGAGAAUCCUCUACUAACUAUAAUGGAAAUAUGCCGGCAUUCAACAUGCCUCCAGGCAGUAGUAGGUUUUCCAACAGGGUGGAGCAAUAUCCAGAGAAUUAUCCUCCCAUAGAGAGUUCCAUGGAUGCAUUACCUGAUGGUGGGUUGGCUGUGACAAAGGAUGAUGGAGAAUGGGGUGUGGACCGUGGGUCAGAGGUGGCUGAAGCAGGGACCAGCUAUGCAAGCUCUGAUGCAACAGAUGAGGCUGGUGGGGUUGCUGCGCUGCCACCAACAGAUGAAGCUGAAGGCAGCUUUCAAAAUGUUGGGGGUCCCAUUGUUCCUGAGAGUUAUGAGGAGCAGAUGAUGCUGGCCAUGGCUGUUUCGCUAGCUGAGGCUCGAGCUAGAACAAGCACACAAGGAGUUUCAUGGCAAUAGUCCUAAAAUCAAGUUGAUGCAGAACCGGAAACAGAAUGGUGAUGUGUGGGAGCAGGCAAUUUGUAAAGGUGCCAUUUCAGUUGUUCAACAGAUCUUAACUGCUGAAUGGUUUCUAAAUUUUAUGAUUCAGAUGCGAGAGUAUGUUGUUGAAACCCUUGGAUUGUAAACGACUGGAUGCUAAAACAUUAUUGGAAAAUGGUCAUCUCAUAGGAAGUAAUAUAAAUCUGGAGGAGAAUACCUUUACGCUUGUUCAUAGAAGGAUUUUGGAGCCAGGGGAUUAAAAGGUGGUUUAAUGCACCAUGUUUAA